AUGGAAGACUCUUCGGAGGAAGAGAAGGAAGAGAGAGAUGAGGUAGACACGAAACGAAUUGUCGCGAGAAAAAAUCAGUUACAAAGAGUAAAGUCCAUGAACCAUCCGAUGAAGAAGAAAUAUGACAAGAACGGAACUGCCAACGUGGAGCGUGUGCAAAACAUUUGGAAUUUUUCUUGCUCAACAAAUUUUGAUGCUGAACUUCAUAUUUAUAUCAAAAAGCGUGAUUUUGAUUUAAAUUUUGACAAACAUAGCGUGAAGAAAUUACUACCCACUACCUUGUUUCUCUCUAAAUACGCUGAACAUUUUAUUGAACCAAUAAGUCGAAAUAGCUGGAUUUCUAUAUCUGAAGAAAAGUUACCGGAAAUAUUUCAUAAAUUUGAAUUAAUUGGUUGGCAAAUGGUAGAUUGA